AUGAAUGGACAGGAAAAUACUGCUCAAUGCAACACCUGCAAACGAUGGUUCUUCCUGAUGUCCUUGAACACACACGCCAAAAUCUGCGAAAAGUUAACAUCCAAAAAGAGGCAGGUUUUUGACUCCAGGAAACAGAGAGUUAAGGGCACAGACAUUGCAGCGUUCUCACAAAAAUCUAAACAUUUUUCUGCUACAGUGACAACAGAAGCAUCCAAGAAGACUAACAACUGGCGUAAGACACAUGAGGACCUAAUCGCAACUGUGCGGGCUGCCAGGGCAUGCAGCAAAGCCAUGAAGGAGGGGGUACCUUUGCCCCCGCCUCUUCCUGCUCAGAUUAACCCAGAUUAUAUUCAGUGCCCUUACUGUCAGCGGAGGUUUAAUGACAUUGCAGCUGGAAAACACAUUGAGUUCUGCAAGAAGCAAGCCCUCCGUAUGCCCAAUAAAAGCAAGAUAGGAAGCACCAAGAAGGCCCCCAGUCGCACACAGUACAAGCCUCCUGCCCCUGUGAAGGUGCCCAGUUCUCCUGCAAUGUCUUCCAUCCCCUCAACCUCUAGUUUACAGCAGCGAUCGGGUCCUAGACAGCCCACUAGGAUCCCCUCUAGGAGGGUCUCCUCUUCAGGUUCAGAUAAUAGUAAUCCUUCCGGCCCUGCAAGUCCUCUAUCAGGUGUGGAAACGAAGACACGAUCAGGGCACUCUGGCUUUGGCUCCGUGAGGAACAAUCAUCCUGGAAUAGGUCUCAACAAGAAGAGAGUAGACAACGAUGUAUAUCAGAAUUACGCCAAUGGUGCAAAUGAGGCGGACAAUGGUGGAAUGAAGGGCAAGUUCUGUUACAAGUGUGGUUCCAAGUAUCCUGUCGACUCGGCCAAAUUCUGCUGUGAAUGUGGGGUCAAGCGGUUGUAUGUAUGA